UGAAAGUACUCUUGCGUAUAUCAUGUCAUACGACCGUAAUACAAAAAUUCUUAGCGGUAUCGACGUUCCGCCAAUGUACCAUCCAAAUAUAACGCUUGGUGAAUUUUUACUCCAUUACCUAUACCGUGACUCGACCCGUGUUAUUCAAACUAAUCACGACGAUGGCGUCCAAAUAACUGCCGGUGAAAUGGCAAAACUCGGUUGCCAAAUAGCUGGUGGUCUGUUGAAGCAUAUAAAAAUGGGAGAUGUCAUUGGAAUCGUGUGCAAAAAUACGUCCUAUGUAACUCCAUUAAUUCUAGGAGGCUUUUUAGCCGGCACACCCGUUUCAACGGUCGAUCCUACUUAUCGAGCCAACGAUAUCGCUCACGUCUUCAGUCUCACAAAGCCUAAGAUCGUGUUCUGCGACAAGGACAACUUAAGUGAAGUAAAAGAAGGACUUCGGCAAAGCGAAAUUGAUUGCAAGGUGUUAACUGUAGACGAGAGAACUGCGGGACAUAGUCAUUUGUUUGAAUUAUAUGAGUCAUCCGCUGCAAAUACUGAGUUUAGACCAAAGAGACUAGACAUAAAAGCUUCAAAAAACUGUGCGGCUAUCUUGUGUUCGUCAGGAACUACUGGACUUUCGAAAGGUUGUAUGCUAUCACAUCAGCAAUGUAUGGGUUUAACAAAGGCAGGGCCAUACUUUGCGACACUAUUCUCCUUCAGUAGCUUGUAUUGGUACACAGGUUUUAGUGGUCUUAUGCAAUCUCUCGGGAAUAACGUCAAUAGAGUAAUUACGAAGAAAAGCUUUUCACCCGAGCUUUUGGUUGAAAUUAUUGAAAAGCAUAAGGUCAACGCCAUAGUAGCUUCACCAACACAUAUCGUGUUACUAUUGAACGCGAAGAUAAUAAUUGAAAAGGCCGAUUUCAGUUCACUAUGGUUAGCCAUUCUGACCGGUGGACCAAUGGAUAUGAGCUUGAGAAAAGAAUUUCAAAAAUAUUUGAAAACCGGAUCGAUUGCAAUGUACUAUGCGACCACCGAAAACGGUUCCGUGAUAUCAUCGACCACUCCUUUCGAGCCAGUCUCUAAUUCAUGCGGAAAACCGAUGCCAAACACCAAAGUCAAAGUGGUUGAUGACGAUGGCAACUCAUUGGAUGCAUUGCAAGUCGGUGAAAUUUGUGUUCUGCAUCCUUACUCGUUUCUCGGCUACUGCAAUAAUAAAGAAGAAACGGACUCUGCUGUAGAUUCAUUGGGUUGGCUGCGAACGGGUGAUAUUGGUUACGUGACUGACGGCGGUGAAAUUUUCCUGGUUGAUAGGAAGAAAGAAGUUUUCAAACAGAUGAACUACACUGUCUAUCCAUCAGAGAUUGAGUCGUUUAUUCUAAAUAUAAAGGGAGUGAAAGAAGUAUGUGUUGUAGGUAUUCGAGAGUUAGAUGGUUGGCGCGGCGCAGCUGUUGUAGUUACAGAGGCCGAAAGUGCAAUCACAGAGAAGGAAAUUGUUGACGAAGUUCACAAAAAUUUCCCUGAUUUCAAACGACUGCAUGGUGGAGCAUAUUUUGUCGACUCUUUGCCGAUAACAUCUAAUGGGAAAAUCAAAAGGCUAGAGGCUAGAGCAAUUGCUGAGAAAAUGUAUGCACAGAAAAGCCGUUCCAGUUUUAAGAUAGACUAAGAACCUCUGGUUCUUAGCGACACCUUUUAUUUGAGUCGUUUGCCUCAUUUUAUAUGUUCUCGAAAUUGUUGU